GUUCCGGCGGAAACAGCGCCGUGCAACUUGAAGGGUGGAAGAUGACAACAAACUAAGUCAUCGGUUUAAAAACCAAAACACUCGAAAAGAGGUUUUAAUUUCUCAUUCUGGUCGUUUUUCUCGUCUGCGGAGCCACCGUCCCUCCCCAUGCUGCUUUGCCGGGUGUCGGCCCUGUUAGCGGGCUGCGGCCGCAGGUCACCGCCGGCCAGCGGCCUCCUUCAGCGGACGCUGUCCGGCAGCUGCGGCCGCCGCCAGGGCGCCGGCUCCGGGGGCUCCGGGGAGCCGGGGCGGUACCGGGACACGGUGCUGCUGCCUCGCACCGACUUCCCCAUGAAGCUGACCGGCCAGAAGCUUCUGGACCGGGAGCUGCAGAUCCAGCAGGAGUGUAGUUUUGCAGAUUUGUACUCGUGGCAGAGAGAACAGAAGGCCAAGAAAGAAUUCUGCCUCCAUGAUGGACCUCCAUAUGCCAACGGAGACCCUCAUGUGGGACACGCACUCAACAAGAUUCUGAAAGACAUUCGUAACCGCUUUGAGCUGCUGAGGGGCCGGCAGGUCCACUACGUCCCGGGCUGGGACUGCCAUGGCCUCCCCAUUGAGCUGAAGGCUCUGGGAGAACUGGGAACCAGCGGCCUCAGUCCGCUGCAGAUUCGACAGAAAGCGCGGGAGUUUGCAGAGGCGGCCAUAGCUCGCCAAAGGGCAGCCUUUCAGCGCUGGGGGGUGAUGGCGGACUGGGACAAGUGCUACUACACGUUUGAUGGGACCUACGAGGCCGCUCAGUUGAAAGUCUUUCAGGAGAUGCACAGCAAGGAGCUCAUCUACCAGGACUACAAGCCCGUCUUCUGGUCUCCCUCAUCGAGGACGGCGCUGGCGGAGGCCGAGCUAGAGUACCACCCGGAACAUGUGAGCAGGUCCAUCUAUGCCACGUUCCCUCUCAUCACGCUGCCACCAAAGAUCUCCUCGGAAGGUCUGGAGAACGUGUCCGUGUUGGUGUGGACCACCCAGCCCUGGACCAUCCCCGCCAACCAGGCUGUCUGCUUCAUGCCCAACGCCGAGUACUCCGUGGUGAAGAGGGCCGACGACUCACGGCUGCUGCUGGUGGCGACGGAGCGCACGGUCGGCCUGGCAACGCUGCUGGGAACGGAGCUGGAGAGCGUCAGCACCUUCAAAGGUUCCAUGCUUGAAGGUGGGGUCUGCAGACAUCCCACAAUUUCCGACAAAGACGUGCCGUUAUUGCCGGGCAAUCACGUGACGAUGGGGAAGGGGACCGGUUUGGUGCACACGGCUCCAGCUCACGGCAUGGACGACUACAGCGUGGCGUCACACUUCCAGCUCCCCGUGGAGUGUAUGGUGGAUGAAGAGGGACGGUUCACGGAGCUGGCGGGACCUGAGCUGCAGAGUCUGUCCGUGAUGACAGAAGGCACCGAUAAAGUGAUCUGCAUGCUGAAGGAGUGUGGUGCUCUGGUGCUGGAGGAGAAGUGUGUCCACAGCUACCCGUACGACUGGCGGACCAAGCAGCCGGUGGUGAUCCGGCCCAGCAAACAGUGGUUCAUCAACACGGCGUCUCUCAAGGACAAAGCCAAGGAGGCGCUGCAGAAGGUGCGUAUUCUGCCCGAGUCGGCGAGGUCCAGCCUGCUGGCCAUGCUGGACCGGCGGACCUACUGGUGCAUCUCCCGCCAGCGGAGCUGGGGGGUCCCCAUCCCGGUGUUUUACCACAAAGAGACCGGAGAAGCUCUGAUCAACAAGUACACGGUGUCCCACAUAGCAGAACUCUUCAGAGAGAAGGGCAGCGACUGUUGGUGGGAGCUUCCCACGGAGACGCUGCUCCCUCCAGAGGUCCUGAAGAAGAGUAAAGCUGGUCCUGUGAGCGACUACGUUCGUGGAGAAGACGUUCUGGACAUCUGGUUCGACAGCGGAGCAUCGUGGGCAGCCGUGCUGGAAGAGGAGCUGGAAGGAGACCUGGAGGAGGCGGAGUCUCGUCUCAGCUGGCUCCCGGCGUCCAUACGCAAACCGCUCGUCACAGAGUCAGACCCUCGAGCAGACGUGUACGUGGAGGGGAAGGACCAGCUCGGAGGCUGGUUUCAGUCUUCACUGCUCACCAGCGUCGCCGUCAGGAAUAAGGCACCUUAUAAGUCUCUGGUGGUCCAUGGGUUUGCAGUCAGCGAGAAAGGAGAGAAGAUGUCCAAGUCUCUGGGGAACGUCGUAGAUCCCGAUGAGGUCAUCAAUGGAGGGAAGGACGCCGGCGUGCCAGGGUACGGCGCAGACGCGCUCCGUUGGUGGGUGGCGGAGUCAAACGUCUUCUCAGAAGUCCAGAUCGGUCCCAGCGCCCUCAACGCGGCGCAGGACGGCAUCAGUAAGCUGAGGAACACGCUCAGGUUCCUGCUCGGCAACCUGCAGGGCUUCGAUCCUCGCCUUCAAGCCGUGGACCCCAAACAGAUGCACUACAUCGAUCAGUACAUGCUGCACCUGCUCCGCGACUUCAGCAUAAAGGUCACAGACGCCUACAGCGAGUUCGACAUGGGCCGGGUCAUCCGCGUCCUCCAGGCGUUCAUCACCAGAGAUCUCUCCAGCUUCUACUUCAGCAUCAUCAAGGACAGGUUGUACUGUGAUCCCGAGGACUCGCUGGGCAGAAGAUCGUGUCAGACUGCUCUAGAGGAAAUCCUUGACGGCGUGACCCGAUCCAUGUCUCCCAUCCUGCCUCACCUGGCUGAGGAGGUCUACCUGCACGCACCAGGACAUGACGAAGGGGAGACGUUAUUCAGGAGUGGCUGGAUCAAGAGCAGCUCCGUGUGGCGGCGUCCAGGGUUGGAGGAGGCUGUUGAAGGAGCCUGCGCCAUCAGGGACUCCUUCCUGUCUUCCAUUCCCGGCAAGAACGCCGCCCAGUACGACCUGACCGUUGCCAUCGAACCCGGUCUUCUGUUCGAGCUCAUGGAGUCUCUCCAGGAGGAGCCCACCUCCACCUGCUCCCAGCUGGCGGAGCUCAUGAUGGCGGCCCGGGUCAGCCUGAGCGGCCAGCUGCCCCGAGACCUGCACCCGGAGGCCGUGGUCAACCAGGGGACCUUCCUCAUCAACCUGGAAGGUGGCGUCAUCCGCGAGGACAGCGCCUUCAGCAUCGCCGCCGUGCCCACCUCUGCUGCCCGGUGUCCGCGGUGCCGCCGCUACACCGCUGAGUCCUCCGACUGCUUGUGCCCGCGCUGCCAGGCCGCCGUGUCCCAGACUCGCUGAUGGUCCCGCCGCCAGGGAGGCGUCACCGUUGAGGGCUGAACGGACAGAAGUGGACACGCUCGCUGUGAACUGACCCGGAAGCAGCGGUUUUCCCUCUCCGGUUGCCUGGCGCCGGACCGGCUGGUGGCAGGUGGGAACCAGAAAAACUUAAAACGCCAUCAGUCUGGUCCGGCACGCCGGAGGAGGGUCACCGUAGACGUAGCUGGAACAGCGGGGGGGGGGGGUUUGUGUGUGGUAAUGUCAGAGGAAGUACGGUUUAUCUGUGUGUGGAGGAUUUCUACAGGAUGUGGCUGCGCUUGUGUCUUUGUUAAUAAAAUAAGAGUAUAUACUGACUCCGUGUGAAAGAAGCUGUAUCACCAAGCUUUGGAUAAACAUUUUUAUUUUGCAUUAGAGACAGAAAGCACAGAGAGUUCACUUCUGUCUGCGUUCAUAAAUAAAAAUAA